AAGAAAUAUUAUCAUAGAUUCAGGGAACGAGGUUUCGAGUCACCGCAUCGAAACAUUCGCUUACCCUUCCGAAUGAUAUUCAAGAAGAAUAUUUUCUGUUCAGUUUCUUUUUAUAAAAAGGGAUUAAAUGUAUCACGUUGCGUAUGAUCGAUGUUACUCCAAUUUUCGAUUUUUAUUUGUUGCAAAAAGGCUUUUACUGCUUUGCUACACUACCAGAUAUAUAAAAAAAUGUCGAAAAAUAUAUUUUACAUUGAAAUAUACGAUUCUUUUAAACGUACGAUUGUACUUUCGCGAAAAAUAUGAGUUUCGGUGCGAAAUCGGAGUAAAUGCCUGAAUUCCGAUGAACGGUCAAACAUGAAAGAAUCCAAUUAGAUUCCAUCGGCGAGCGGAAUGCGGGCGAGUUAGACGAGCUAGAAAUCAAAUAGUUUCUUCGGCUGUGAUCUCUCCGUGUAUCGAAAGUUUCUCCGGAUGCCUCUGCCCCUUUAACAGAAGCGCUAACCAACGUUUAAAUGUAUUUAUAAACAAACAAAUGCCGGCGCGCGUUCUCUCGCUUGAUCCUCAUUAUUCUUUCACGUUGAACAACUCCGCUUUGUCACCGUGACGUGUGUGUGCACGUGGUUUUUGCGUUAAACAUCGCACCGAACAAAUCGAGAGAUCGUUUAUUGAUACCGCAAACAGCUAAGCGAUUUAACUGCUUGGCGCGUUCAACUAGUUAUUUCCAACGGAUUUCGCCGUGUUUGUUGAAUAUCGGGCAAAUGUUAGAUCUCUCUACUAAUCUGCAUGUCAUGCGAGCGUAAUGUUACAAGGAAAUAAGUAGCGCAAAGGAAGGGCGAAAGGGAGGGAGAGGCACGGUGUUGCCAGGAACGAGCCGAAAUAACAUUUGCGAGAAAAAAAAUCGCCGGGCAUCGUUAAGUGUUAAGUGGCGUGUGUAAGAGUAUUAAGAUAACCCGUGUGGCGUGAUAGGACGUAGUUAAUCUCACGUGAGGACGGAACAGGGUGAGAAUCGGCGCCCGGCAGAAUGAGAGAGAUCGUCAGUCGCCGAUCGAGCAGGGACCCGCCGGCCCUUCGCACGAGAGAUGGUUUUUAGAAGGAAGAGGGCAUGACGCACCGAACUCAUGCAGUGGCGAAAACACGUGCGCAUCAAGUACGGUGGUCGAGUCGGUGUCGGUCAAGGACAGCGGGAGCGGGAGCAAGGGCAGCUGCAGGUGCGCGUGGUGCAGCUGCAGCGGGAAGGGGGCGCACGACUCAGCUACGUCUGUCAUCAGCCUCAACUCUCGUCGACGGCUCGCCGCAGCUGCAGCGCAGCAGCCAUGCUCUGCUGCGGCCGCAGGAAAGAGGGCCGGGGGGAAGUGACAGACAUAAGCGCAAGUCCUGGGAGGCAGGCACCUGCCAACCAGUUGCGCCCCAAGGAACCACCCCCCAUGGUCAUUCAAGGAGACUUCAGGAAGGUGAGCGGGAUCAGUACAGAGAUCUUCAAGCAGAUCGAGACUGUCGAAAACGAUCAUGACGCAUCGACAGCGGCGGCUCUCGAAGCUGUUGAGCGGAGAGGCGAGAUGGUCGUGCGUGUCAUUGAGCCUCGGCAAAUGGGUAGACAGGCUUCCGAGGCGGCGAAAAAAUUCAUUGCUAUGCAGGAUCCUAAGCACCCUAUCCACUUCGUCGAGAUAAUCAAACGACCGGGACAGACCCUCGGCCUCUACAUACGCGAGGGCAAUGGCGUCGACAGGAACGACGGAGUCUUUAUCUCCAGGAUAGCCCUGGAGACCGCCGUGUACAACAGCGGCUGCUUGAAGGUAGGUGACGAGAUCCUAGCGGUGAAUCUGGUCGAUGUGACGCAUAUGAGCCUGGAUGACGUUGUGAUCAUCAUGUCGAUACCGAGGCGACUUGUCCUGGCCACGAGGCACGGUCCACAUCAACCAAUUUCGCACAGCCGCCAGACUGAGCACAAGGCACCGCCGGUAGUAGUCAUCAAGAGGGAAUUGAACGAGGACGAGAGUGACCACGCAACAAGUAAUCACGUCAGGGAUGGCAGUAGCCGUAGACGAGGCGACGGGCGCGAAAUGUUGCCGUCGCGUUCGAGACUCGGCCUCACGGGUUUGGGAUCGAGCCAAGAUCUCGGAUCGAGUAACGGCGAUCUGUACUAUAAUUCACGGCCGGAGGGUCACUGGUCCUAUCAACCACCACCGCCGCCGGUUAUCACGCACCAGCCAAAACCUUCGUCGACGCAACACUUUCAGCCGUACGAGCGCGGUUAUCCGAAGACGUUAGAGAGCUUGGCCGAGAAAGAUUUUACAAAGGUACACCCCUUCUACACGGGGCCCAUGAUGCCCUCGAACGGCGGCCGGCGUAUGUCGACGGGUGGUGGAAUGCAAUCAGUCGGCGGCAGAUUGUCGGGCCAAACCACGCAGUCGACCCAUUACGGCUACGGUCAGCACACCGGAAGCGGAAGGAUCAUGCCGAGGAGUGGUUCCGACCAGCACCUACCCCGAGUCGAUUACACGAGCAUCACGACGCCGGCGCGACAUACCCUUCUUAGAUCCAGCUUGAAAUCAGGUACAUCAGCAUUACGUUACAACCCGAGGUACGGACAGACUGACAUAACAUCCGCCGCGCAGAGACAAGGACAAUUCGGCACCUUGACGAGGCGGCAUCGACCGUCGUUGGACUAUGCCUCCGACACCGAGGCUACAUGCUCCAGUUCACCGAAAUCAGCGUAUUACUAUUAUAGGCACAAUAUGAACAAUCCAUCUCAAAGCAGCGCCGUGUCGCAUUUAGCUACCCUAUCGAGGUCACAAAUCGGUCAGAGUUCCUCAGGUUUAAGGUCGAAUUCAUUACCACGAAGCGGUCGAACGUUGCCUCAACAACCUGGUCUCAGGUCGGGCCUCAGCACGGUCGCGUCGGGCCUGAUCGAUCAAGAGGACAGCGACGGCGCUCUAUCAGCGCCGGAAUUGCCUUCCAUCAGACGUGACAGAGGCAGGAUACCGUCCUCGCCGAGUGUGUUCACGUCGGACGAGUAUCGCGCCUGGCUGAGCCGCACGCCGAGUACCAGCGCCCUGUACGAGCAGAUCAGGGCGACCACAAGUAGACCACCCCGUUACACAUACAGCGCCGAGAACAUUCAUGCAGCUGUUAAUCAGGGUGACUACGGCAGUUACGGUGGAUACAGGCCGCUCUCGACCACGCUCGAUCGCCUGUCGACGAGAUCGGCCUCGGCCCAACAGGUCAAUCUCGCGAAUCUGAGAGCAUCGACGGCGAUCAGUUCGACGUGUCAUCGCGGUACAACGAAUCCGAGGCCAGCCUCGGUGGCUUCGAGCGCGCGCUCAUCGCUCGCGGCCCAGAAAGCAUCGCUGACGAGCUCCGCGAGUCAACGGGCGACGUCGGUCAGGAGGAUCAGGAACCUGUUGGACUUGGAAUCUACGAGGAGCAUACCUACCCCAACGCCUACCAGAACUCAGGGUCAAAUACUGCUAGAUAUUAAUCCUGCGGAGUUCCUCAAGUAUAAAAUAGAGAAGCCGCCGACCGUGGGCACUCCAAGCUCGACGAGCUCGCUUUUGAGCUCGCUCGGGGAUGCGACCGGCGGCGAUUUGGCAAGCGGAGUCAGCGGAUUGUUAUCGGUCCAUCUUUUAGCGGGGCGCGGUCUCCGAUCGACUACGACCUCAUCGGCUGCCACUACACCUUCCACUCCCUCAGGUCAGCCGAAUUUAGCUAGUUGCGGCUUGAGAGACUUGUACUGCGUAUUGGAGUGCGACAGGGUGCACAAAGCGCGCACGGUAGUGCGAACCGGUGAUCUGAUGUUUGACUGGGACGAAACCUUCGAGCUGGACCUCGUAGGCAAUCGGCAGCUGGAUCUGCUCGUUUACUCUUGGGACCCACAGUACAGGCAUAAACUCUGUUACAAGGGAUCGGUACAUUUGGCGAGUCUGCUGAAAGAGUCGCCGGAACAUCAGCUAGCCGUGAAGGUCGAGCCACGUGGCACAAUUUAUUUAAAACUACGAUACACCGACGCCCAACAAACUUUCCGUCGAAGGGGUCUGCCGGUCAUAUCCUUAGCUACAAGGGUAGCGCCUCUCUUCGGGGUUGAUUUGGAUACAGUGGUGAGUCGAGAAACUAAAACUGGUGGAGUUCCUGGUGGAGUUUCCACGGCUUUGGCGAUGGGAAUCCCGAAUGUUCCAAUUAUUGUGUGGCGUUGCGUCGAAGAAGUAGAGAGAAGAGGACUUGACAUUAUCGGUUUGUAUAGACUCUGCGGUUCGGCGACCAAAAAGAGGAUACUUAGGGAAGCUUUCGAGAGGAACGCACGGUCCGUGAAUCUGUCGCCCGACAACGUGCCGGACAUCAACGUCAUCACUGGAGUAUUGAAGGAUUAUUUACGGGAACUUCCGGAACCUCUCUUCACGAAGUGCCUCUACCAGAUGAUGGUCGACGCACUGGCCGUCUGUUUGCCGGACGACCCGCAAGGCAACGCUAAGCUUAUGUUCAGUAUACUAGAUUGCCUGCCUAAGGUCAACAGGUGCACGUUGAUUUACUUGCUGGAUCAUUUGGCGAUGGUGGUGUCGCAGUGCAAUAAAAUGUCACCUGCAAGCCUCGCCGUUUGCUUCGGCCCGGUAUUGAUGUUACACUCGGAAGAAAACGGACCCCCAUUGGAUUUCCAACAGCCGAUCGCCGUACUCAAGUACCUACUGGAGAUUUGGCCGGUAAAGUCAGUUCGGAAGACUUCUUCAGUCGGUUCAACACUUCCUCGAGUUACGCCAGUAGUCGAGCGCAGCAGCAGUCAGCAGCAUCUGCAGCAAGCGCAGCAGCAAGUGCAGCAGCAGCUGCAGCAACAGGUGCAACUGCAGGGAACAUUGGGACGCACAGGGCUGCCUUGGCAGCAGCCACCCUCACUUCAUCAUCAACCCCAAACUACGGUAGCCGCAGUCCUCGGACCUUCCAUUCGUCCUCCACCACCGGUCAAGCCUCGUCAGGUGAUAGUCUCGUCUCCCGGUUCACCUAGCAGCGAGGAGUCGGAGGCCUCGCCAGAGCCAAUUAACAAGGGCCUCCUGGGCAACUUGGUAUACGAAAAGAGCGACGAGACGGCGACGACGACGACAACGACAUCGAGCACGUCGGGCGGCAUUAGCGUCGGCGCCGGCGCCGGUACAGGUGUCGGCGUCGAGCAGGUGACGCCUACGAGCAGCGUCGACACCGAGGAGGGUAAUCCCCAACAUCCCGAGGAGGGCGAGAAAGGCGUCGAGGGUGACGUUGAAGCGAGCGACGACGAUCGACACCAACAUAUGUCCAAGACGCACUAAUUGUGGCCCGUCGUCGUCGCGCGGGUGUGCGCAGUGAGUAACGGAGAAGCCACGGAGAUGACCAUUCCUCGACAACGUAGACGAAUUAAGGGCUGCUUCGUCAAUUCUUACGUGUGGUAUUGACGGACAGAAGAUUGAAAGUUAGACCGAUCGGCUCGGGAAAUAAAACAAAUUUGCAGAAAGCGACUUAGUUAAUUUUAUUAAAAUCGUUAAUUUUGUAGAAUCGUAAAUAUUCUCGGAUUAUCAGGGGCUGAUAACGUUUAGCUAAAUACGAGAUAGGAUGAGCAUGUUAAAGUGAUCUGGACGAAAGUCUCGCACGGUGCUAAUGUUCGAAUGUCGAUUCGUAAGAAUCUUCGUUGCGCACCCCAAUCGAGAGUUACGGUAGUUGAUUGAUUCCAGUCUAUUCUGUUGCAAUGGGCAUGCUCGCUUGCGAGGAGUUGUUAAAGUUAAACGAGAAGAGAGCAAGAAAAGGAAAAGGCGGACGGACAAAUGGUCUCGAUCAGUGUUGCUACAUUAUGCUGGAGCUACUAUGUAGUAAAAUAAAAACUAGCGAUAGUAAAUAUCUCCCUUGAAUGUUACGUCUCGAUUUAUCGCCUCUUCUAAUCGCAAUUGAAAUUUCGUAAGGAAUAAAAUGCGAUACGUAUACUUACGACUGUAUUUAAUUAAAUAUAGUCAUAAAAAGGUAGCGUUACACGGAGGUGGUCGAGCAAUCAAACGAAGAGACGUGAUACUAUGAUCGUUAUUCGUCAUAGGAAGAUAAAUCAGGGAUGGAUAUACAUAUAUCUAUUCUGCUAGAAGCAACUACAAUUCGAACCGAAAUGCUAGACAAGUAAGGAGGUGAAGAUGGUUUACGUUACGUUAUUAAAAAGUCGCUGCUGGGAAGGCAACUCAAACAAUUCAGUCCUCAAACACGUUCAGUCCUCCGCACGUCACGAGAGUUUCCUUGUUUCGAAAACACUCGAUAGCCUUUCACAAGUAAUGGUCUCUCGGAGCAAAUGUUAGAUCGCAGAUGGAUCCAUCGCGCACACUUUGCCCUCGAUGCUCUCGGGCCACCAAGGGGGACGAGGAAAAAGGAGGAGAAAGGGAAUAGUCCCUCCACGUCGUCAUCGUCGGCAUUACUAACGUCAACACGACUCACAUGACACACAACACACAUAACUUAAGCGAGCCGGUCAACGAAGAGAGGCGCAUGUGGCAUACAUAAUAAUCAGUUUAUAUGCGAUAUACUAUAUAUACAUAUUAUAUAUACAUACGUAGACUAGUCACGAUAUUACGUGUGUGCUUUUGAUAAAAAACUAUUACUUGUAGCGUUAGCUAGCUCUCGUAUACAAAAACAAAGAUACAUGAACAAACAAACCGACAAACAAACAAACAAACAAACAGCUGAACUAGACGAUAUACAUAAUAUAUAUAAAGAUGUUAUACAUACGCCGGGGAAGAGGGGAGCGCGAGGACAUGGUGGUGUUUCUACAUGUCGACAAUAGGACAUAUAGGCGGAUUCGUUCGGACAUGUUUGCGCAUAGAUAUAGUAUCGGGCAAUCAACUGGCUAUUGUAUCAAUACCGGGCGAUCGAUUGUCCGAGAUUGGGUCGCGGAUGAUUGGAACAGGAGGAGGAGGAGCAGAGGAGAAGCCGCCGCGGGAGGAACUGACCGAAAACGAUAAUAAUUACGAGUAAACAGAAAUGCUACCGUUAAUUAUCUAUACUUUUAAAAACGGGGAACGUAAAAACGAGUAAAAAAUAGCCAGUAUUAUUAUACGUCUAAAGCAGUAAAACGAUGAUCGAACGAGAGAAAGAAUGCGAAAAUGCAAUGAGCAAAUGAGAGCGCUAGAGAAGAGAGAGAGGCGCGAAUGAACUAACGUAAAAUUAAUAAACGAUUAGGGAAGAAAGGAGGAGAAUUAAACGUAGACGCAGCCGUGUCGUCGCCGUGAUUGUUGGAAACGAUCGAGCGACGAUAAAAUCACGCACUACGAUUCGGAGCGAAGCCACGAGCGCCGAUCGCGACUCGUCAUAGUUAUCGCCGUAACACACUGUUAUCACACGAUCUCACUCGUGGCUUGGUUCGCGAUGAAGAAAAAAUGAAAAAGGAGCACUGUAACCUGUAUAAACACGCACGUAUAAAUAGAUAUUAUACACAUCCGCGUAAUCACCUAUUUCCGCACAGUUAUAGCGUUACCGCGCGAGAGUUACCGUACUCGAGGGUUUAGGGCGAAGGGCAAAUCGACGGGGCGAGGAGAUAGGGAGAGAGUAAAGUUUUAAUUGAAGUAGCCACGAAACCGAGACUAAUUGUAUAGCUGAGUGUAACGUGUACAUAUAUACGUAUACAUAUACGAGCCGCCAUACGCAAUCCUAGCUGUAUUUCCAGCCCCAGACUGUGUGAAUGUCGUUCGAUGUGUUUGCGUGGGUGAGUGCGUGCGAGUGAAUGCCGGGUACCAAAAGUAUCCUCUUUCGUUUCCCCGCGGAUAUAUCAACGGAUUUUCCGGAGAAACAAAGAUCCCUUUUCGUAAAAGUAGAAUUCAUAGGUAAAAGCCAAUCGUGAUCCUUUCAUCUUCGAAGCAAUUCCUUUUAAAUUAUUUGCGGGAUGCUGGCGUUACAUUUUCACUACGAAUCAAUGUUCACAAGAAUCGAAUAAUAAAACAAUACACAUUUACGAAUAAAGUCAAAUAUUCAUACAAUCCAUUUCCGUGAUCGAGCGUUGUGAAUUUUUAAGUGCUUUGUUUGUAGAUCAUAAGUUUUUAAUUUGUACCCGCAUUGCGUCAAACUUCUUCAAUUGUAGAUUGUGCUCUACUUUUGAUAGAAUUCGUACACUCCAUAACGCAUAAGCUUAUAAGCCCAUAUGAGGUCUUGGCUUUUCAAUAUGAUCGACUUAAUUCAUCAUGAAGAACAGACGCAGACACAAAGUAUCCAGUGUUCCUCGCCGUCCUGAUUUUAGUAAUAAAUCAAUUAUGAAAGAGAGAGAGAAUGAGAGCAAGAAUGAGAGUAUGAUUAACAUUAACUAUUAUACGUGAAAGCACACUGCCGCAAUUUUAUAUAAUUGACUGUUGUUAUACCUAUAGCUACGUACAUAUAUAUAUUAUAUACAUUAUAUACAUACACAUUAUACAUAUAUACAUAUUAAUCGAGACUUAACGAGCCGCGAUACGUGUCGAUCGCAAGGAGUCCAGGAUAUGGCCAGUGAUUUAAUUUAAGGUAGUUUCUUCCGCUGACGCGCGGAUCCGAAAUGAAUUGAAAUCUUUCGAUGGCGGCGAGAGUCACGUUUGAUCCCUACUAAGAUUUACAGAAAUUCUGAGGCAACGCGUUUCCACAGAGUAUAGAUAUCUAAGAGAUACUUAUAUCUAAAUACCCAAAAACAGUCUCCAGAUUUCUGUAUCUUACCGAGAAAAACAUUAUCUAAAAAUAUUAAGAAUAUUUAAUAAAAAUAAUUAUUAUUACACAUGUUUGCCUGUAUAAAUUUGCGAUUAUCGAUAAAUGAUAAGAUAUGCAAUUUUUCGUAAGUUUUUCUCCUUCGAUAAAAAAAAAACGUGACAAACGCGGCCGGAGGAUCAGCAGGAUAGCGGAAGCUCGUUAGAGGAUAUUACUCAUCGGGAUCUUCGCGCGUUCUAUAUCCGCAAUUUGGUUAUGUAAUAAUUUUUCGAAAAUAUCCCUCUGUUCGCGCGCGCCAUAGACUGGAUGUAACGCGAGGUCCUUCGAGAGUCCUCGUAUCGCUCGCGCAGGAUAACCCCUUGGUCAAAUUGAGCUAAGCAAAGGAACAGGGACGGCAAACGGACGCAGUAAAUCGUGCUCUCGACUUUCCCACACAAUCGCAAUCCCCACAUUUUAUUUAUCAUUUUUCUCCCCUUUGCAUCUCUUCUUUCAAUAAAAAAAAAAAAAAAACAGUAGGUAGGUAACAGAGAGUAUUCCGAUCUCGUGCUAUUGAUUGGCCGUAUUAAACAGUCGAGUUUCGAAUUUUAAAAAAUGAGUACACCUCCGAAAGAAACGAGUCGGGAUAGAUAUAGAAAAGAAUAAAAAAGAUCGGAAAGAUACGCGUAAUAACAAAAUUCGCGGGAACAAAAGAAAAGUCAGUCAAGAACGCUCGAGAGUCACGCUAGAAAUUCACAGAACUUGCUUACGACUUGCCAGGAGAUGACGCAGAUAUCGAAGGAUAGUAAAAUAAUGAGAAGAGCAAGGGGCAUAACGUCGAUAUACAAAUAUAAUUUUUUAACCCGCUUUACCUGAUUCUCUUGUGCACUCGCAUUUCAUUAAUCAAGAAAUUAUUAUUAUUACUUAUGGAGGAAUUCGCGUUAAACAGAUCCAGAGACUUGUAUUCACGAUUUUAGAACUCUCGAUCGAAUGGUUUUGCAAGCACGUUUAUAUAAAAAAAUUUAUAUACAUACAUAUAUAUAAUAUAUACAUACAUAUAUUAGAUAUAG